AUGGACAUAGAGGAGGUUCUUAUUCGUCAUUAUUUUCAGCGUGGGUUUGAUCACUCGGUUAUAUUACUCUUUUUAGAAAAGUACCAUGCAACAGAAAUGUCUGUGCGUACUUCGCACAAUAGACUUCGCGAGUACGGAUUAAGGAGAAGGAAUGCAAAAAGUUACGAUGCCGAAAUUUACCAGGCCAUUCAACAAGAAUUGGACAUGCCAGGCUGCAUGAGGGGUUACCGAGCUAGGUGGCACACCCUUCGUUUGGAUUACGGAAUACAGGCUCCUAGAAGGAAUUUUACAACAAGUUGACCCUUAAAGAACAGCCUUGCGAAAUGCUCAUGCACUAAGGAGAAGGUCGUAAACUAACCCAGGCCCGAAUUUUGCUUGGCACGUUGACGGCUGCGAUAAGUUAAAGCCAUACGGCUUUCCUACUCUUGGUGCGGUGGACGGUUUCAGUCGUCGAGUCAUGUGGUUGAAAAUUUGCCCCUGGAAUAAUGACCCAUGCCACUUAGCUUCAUUGUUUUACGAUUGGGUCAAAUCAAAUAGAGAUUGCCUAAGAGUUCUCCGAACAGACUGUGGAACUGAAAAUGUGACCAUGGCGACCAUGCAGUGUUAUUUUCGAGGAAACGGUAACGACCACCAAGCUGGAUUAAAUGCACAUAGGUACGGAUCGUCCCCAGCAAACCAGCGCAUAGAAGGAUGGUGGUCAUUUUAUUGGCAUGACAGAUUAACAUGGUUGAUUAAUUUUUUUUAAGACUCAGAUGAAACAAACAUUGUCAAUACCGCUAGUGAAUCAAGUAUGUCCUGUUUGUGGUUCUGUUGUAAAGAUGUCUUGCAGGCAGACCUAGAUCAUGUAAGGGAUAACUGGAACACCCAUUACAAUAAAAAAUCACAUCACGAUACAAUCCCAGGUAGGCCUGAUGAGCUUUUCUACCUUCCAGAGAACAGUGGGUUUGAAGAUUUCAGAUGUCCCUUUACAGAACAACAACUUUAUGAUAUGGCUUUGUAA